AUGACCCAGACCUCCCAGCUGUCCCCCGGCCAGCUUUCGCCGGAAUCGCCCUUUGAUCCACCAGACGGUCGCAUCGCCCACACUCUCACCGCGUGCACCAGGUGUCGCCAGCGGAAAUCUAGAUGUGACCCUGGCAUCCCUCGAUGUGCGCCCUGCGAACGAAGCAACGCCAAGUGCGUUUAUUACGACUCCACCCGAGACACCACUAUCCCGCGGACCUAUAUCGUAUCCCUCCGCGAAAAAGCCCGCGCACUCGAGAAAGAGCUCGCCGCCGCCGAGAAAGAUAUUCAGCAUGCAGCUGAUGCCGAGCUGAUGGUACGGGGCGCUGGUCGCAUCCGCUUUCAGGAAAAUGACGAGCCUCGCUACCUGGGGCCCUCAAGUGGCAUUGCCAUGACUCGACUGGUCAUGGAGAUGGCGAAACAAAACACCGACUCGAAAAGCAUCAAAGAUGUCGUUCCCGAAUUCACCGCCCAGGAAAUCAAGGCCGCUUUUGCACAGGAAGACUCGAAGCCGACCUCGAAAGUGUAUCCCAUGAUUAGCUCGAUUCCGGCGGCUGAUCUGCCUCGGGGGAGCCUUCCAUACAAACUGAUUGAUCUUUUCGUCGCUAAAGCUCAAGCGUUGCUCCCGACUUUACAUGAACCAACUUUUAGACGAGAAGCUGAUGAGGUCCUAAAUGGCUCUACCGAACCGUGCCAGAACUUCCAAUUGCGCAUGGCCUUUGCAAUCAGUCUGCAAAAAAUGAGCAUCGAUUUUGCUGGCCUGGCGGAUAGCUACUAUUUAGCUGCGUUACCAUUUUUAGAACCAACACUCAAGAAAAUGGACUUGAGGGCCUUGCAAUGCUUGGUCUUGAUUGCUCAGUAUUCUAUGCUGACACCGACACGAACGGCGGCAUAUUGGGUGGUAGGGACGGCUGGGAAGCUAUGUCAGGACCUAGGAUUGACCGAAGAAGCCACAAUCACAACCUCCCCCGAUGGCCGCGCCCUCAACUCGUUAGAAAUUGAUAUGCGCCGAAGGCUUUUCUGGAUCGUCUCAUCGAUGGAAUUUGGACUUUCUCAUUCUCUAGGACGGCCCAACUGCUACAGCGUCACUCAUGACAAUAUUGAUGUGAACUUCUUCGAAUUAGUGGACGAUCGGUACAUUACAGCCGAUGGCAUUACCCCGGGAGCAAGGCCAGUCCUUGGCAAAUGCCUUGCCAUACAUUUUUUCAAGAUGCGACUACUCCAGUUGGAAGUUCGACGAGCUCUAUAUCUAACUCGACGGGAGACCCCAGUUGAUGACCAGGAUCCUUGGUUCUCCCACAUGUCAAAUAAAAUCGAUGAGUGGAUGGCAUCUUGCCCGAGGAAUGACGAUGGCAGCGGUUUGAAUGUUAAAUGGUUCCAAGGAAGGCGAAACACUAUCGUCAUUCUCAUGUAUCGGCCGUCGCCUCAGGUCCCGGAACCAUCGAUUAAUGCGGCAAAAAUAUGCUACGAAUCAGCAACCUUCAAUGUUGCUAUGCAUAAAGAGCAGAUGGUGACAGGCUCAGUAGACUUGACAUGGAUCUUCACUCAAUCCCUCUUCAUGGCUCUCAACACUAUCCUCUGGACCCUUUCAUACCCUGAAAUUCGGAAAGACCACCCGAUUGAGGAGGUCCAAAGCUAUCUGGACAUGGCACUGGAAGUUGUUGUCUACUCAGCAGAACGAUGGCCCGGCGUGCAGUCUGCGCUCUUGCUCUACAAGCGUCUUGUCGCAGCUUGCUUAAAGGCGUACACCACCGAGGAAUCAUUCGUUGUGCAUUCACCUUCGAAUCACCCCACUCCAACCUCUUCGCAGGGGCUUACAACCCCUCCGGCCAUGUCCAGUCCUUCCAGCAGUACCACUGCCUCCUAUUACUCCCAUGGUUAUCGGUCGAGCAAUCAUGUGCUGAGCGAUGAUGCUUCAACUGGUACCUUGUCCAGAGGCCAUUCAGCCGACCCUAGCCUACCCUUCUCCGAAGAGUCUACACCCCCGGCCUAUGGAGAUCCGCAGAAAUUGAUCGGAGUGCCCCCAAUGCCAGCAUUUGGGAUGCCGUCAUCGUCUACAGUCACCAACCCCCCAUCCCAGUAUCCACCAGAAGGCUUCUGUGCGCCCACCGCUCUCUAUGCCGACGUUUCCAUUGACCCUAAUACCCCCUAUAACUCGAUGCCAUCGGUGGUUCCCGGUGUUCAAGGCUGGGAUCCUAAUUUCUCUCUCGCCUCCACUACUGCCAGUCAUCUGACAUAUGUCGAUGCUACUGUUGAUCCCAUGCAGUGGACAUACUCGAUUGGGGACCAGUACUCCCAGUACUUUAAUGAGCCAUUCCCAAUACCCAAUUGGCGUGAGCGCACUCUCAGCCAGCAGGAACAGAUUGAGCUGAUGGCAUCGCUGGAACAGAAUAUUCCCGAUGUCUCAGCACAAUUGGUCCAGGAAUCUCAUGCCUUUUACCAAUCAUAA